AUGAUCGGUUCAAGGCGCACCGGGCACACACACAACGAGGACAGCAGCAGGCAACAUGGAGAACAUCCGCACUUGGAACAUUUGGGACAGCAGCAAGGAGAACAUCCACACUUGGAACAUUUGGGACAGCAACAUGGAGAACAUCCACACUUAGAACAUUUGGGACAGCAGCAUGGUGAACAUCCACACUUAGAACAUUUGGAACAGCAGCAGGGAGAACAUCCACACUUGGAACAUUUGGGGCAGCAGCAAGGAGAACAUCCACACUUGGAACAUUUGGAGCAGCAACAUGGAGAACAUCCACACUUGGAACAUUUGGGGCAGCAGCAUGGUGAACAUCCACACUUAGAACAUUUGGAACAGCAGCAGGGAGAACACCCACACUUGGAACAUUUGGGACAGCAGCAUGGUGAGCAUCCACACUUGGAACAUUUGGAACAGCAGCAGGGGGAACAUCCACACUUGGAGCAUUUAGGGCAGCAACAAGGAGAACAUCCACACUUGGAACAUUUGGGACAGCAGCAGGGAGAACAUCCACACUUGGAACACUUGGGACAGCAACAAGGAGAACAUCCACACUUGGAACAUUUGGGACAGCAGCAAGGAGAACAUCCACACUUGGAGCACGGAGACUUGGAACAGCAGGGAGAACCUUUAGAUUGACAACAUGAAGACUUGGAACAGCAACAUGGAGAACAUCCACACUUGGAACACUUGGGACAGCAGCAAGGAGAACAUCCACACUUGGAACAUUUAGAACUGCAAGAAGAACUCUGACAGCAGCAGGGAGAACAUCCACAUUUG